UGCUUCUAUUAAAACUGAGAGCCACGGCAAUGUCGGAUUCAAGCACUGAUGAGAGUUUUCCAAACCUCACUGCGUUUCUACAGACUGAUUCGUAUAUAGGACAAUAUGAGGGAGAACUGCACAGAAGAUACAAGCGGUUUUCCGAGCGUCUGGCACAGCUGGAGGAGGCAGAAGGGGCCUUUGAUUACUUCACACUGAGCUACCAGUCGUUCGGAAUUCAGCGGCGAUCCGACAACAGUCUGGUCCUUAGGGAAUGGGCACCGGGAGCGGAGGCCGUCUUCCUGACUGGGGAUUUCAAUUCCUGGGAAAAAGAGUCACACCCUUUCACGCAGAAAGAAUAUGGAAAAUGGGAACUAUACCUCUCUCCAAAAGUGGACAAAUCUCCUGCCAUCAAGCACCUGACCAAACUCAAGCUCGUAGUCUUGACUAAAACAGGCGAAUACCUGUUUCGGAUCUCUCCAUGGGCCAAACAUGUCACAAAAACACUAGAUUCCGUCACCUAUGACUGGACUCACUGGGACCCUCCACAGCCAUAUCAGUUCCAGCACCCCAGACCCCCACGGCCCAGCAGCCUUCGUAUCUAUGAGGCCCAUGUGGGCAUCAGUUCGCCUGAGGAAAAGAUUGCCUCGUACAAAAACUUCACCAGAGAGGUGCUUCCUCGCAUUAAAGAUCUCGGAUACAACUGUGUCCAGCUCAUGGCAAUUAUGGAACAUGCCUACUAUGCGAGCUUUGGCUAUCAGGUCACUAACUUCUUUGCAGCUUCCAGCCGCUUUGGCACUCCUGAUGAUCUGAAGCAUCUGGUUGAUACCGCACACUCCAUGGGCAUCGUGGUUCUUCUGGACAUGGUCCACAGUCACGCCUCCAGCAACACAGAAGAUGGGCUGAACUACUUCGACGGGACCGACUCCUGCUUCUUUCACGGAGGCUCCAGAGGAACCCACUCGCUCUGGGGCAGUCGACUCUUCAAUUACUCCAGCUGGGAGGUGGUGCGGUUCCUCCUCUCCAACCUGCGCUGGUGGAUGGAGGAGUAUCACUUUGAUGGCUUCAGGUUUGAUGCUGUGACUUCAAUGCUGUACCACCACCAUGGCAUCGGCACGUCGUUUUCGGGGAACUACAGCGAGUACUUCGGGAUACAAGUGGAUGAAGACGCACUUGUCUAUCUAAUGCUGGCCAAUUACAUUCUCCACAAGCUCUACCCACAAUGCAUCACUGUAGCAGAGGAUGUAUCAGGGAUGCCAGGCCUGUGCAGGUCCAUUGAAGAGGGAGGACUGGGCUUUGAUUAUCGUCUGACCAUGGCCGUGCCAGACAAAUGGAUUCAGGUCCUGAAGGAAGUUCGAGAUGAAGAUUGGGAUUUGGUGAACAUUGUUCACACCCUGACCAACAGAAGGAGAGGGGAGGCAUCUAUUACCUAUGCUGAAAGCCAUGACCAAGCCUUGGUUGGGGACAAAUCAUUGGCAUUCUGGCUGAUGGACAAGGAGAUGUACACCAACAUGAGUGCUCUUACUGCCAUGACGCCUGUUAUAGACCGUGGCAUCCAGCUGCAUAAACUCAUCCGUCUCCUUACUCAGAGUCUAGGAGGGGAGGGCUACCUCAACUUCAUGGGUAACGAGUUUGGCCAUCCGGAAUGGCUUGACUUUCCCAGGAAAGGAAACAACGAGAGCUACUAUUAUGCCCGUCGCCAGUUCAACCUUGUGGACACUGAGCAUUUGCGAUACCGACAACUCUACGCUUUCGACCGUGACAUGAAUCUUACAGAAGACAAAUACGGCUGGCUAGCUGCCGGUCAGGCAGCAGUCACGACUUUGAAUCAAACUGACAAGGUGAUCGUGUUUGAACGCUCAAACCUGCUGUUCAUAUUCAACUUUCAUCCCUGCAACAGCUACAUCGACUACAGGGUGGCAGUGGAGCAUGCUGGGAAAUAUAAGAUCAAAUUGAACUCGGACGAGCUUCAGUACGGGGGUCAUGGGAGGCUUGUGCAGGACACAGAGUUUUUCACAGAGCCCAUGCCUUUCAAUGGCCGAGCCCAGUCAUUUCGGAUCUACAUUCCUUGCAGAACUGCUCUGAUCCUGGCAAAUGAGGACAUUGAUUUCAGACACUGAGGACUGUGUGGAUGAAUGGAGCUGAUUCUUGCAUCAUAUCCCAGAAUUCUGUGCAACCUUACAGUACAUUUGCUUAUGUUCACUUGCAAACACUGUUAUUGCCUCACAAUGUUAUCCCAUUUUUAGUUUUAACAGAAUAUUUAAACUGCUCUUCUCCAUAUAACGAACGUUUGCUGUCACUGGUCCCCAUCUGCUUACGUUUCAUUGGCAGUCUGCUAAAUUUUCAGUUUUGUGUUCUCCAGAAUAAGACAUGCAGGUUUGGAAUGACAUGAGGAUGAGUAAAUGAUUACUUUUCAUUUAUUCCGUUCAAGGCUUUUUUUCUACUAAUUUGUUAUAAGAGGGGAAAAUGAUAAUUUACAGAAGGUUAUUGUAAUUUUACAUUACAAAAGCACAAAAAAUAGCUUUUAAUGUGCUGGUAUGAACAUUCAUGCUAGAUGCAUUCUGAUUGGAUAUUGCUUGCAUUAUGACAUCGGCAAGGUCAUUUCUCUCGCUCUCCCUUCAUGUCUCUAUUCAUCCUGUUCUCCCUCUUUCACCCCAUAACCUUAUCCUGUCUUCACUUAGCCUUAAAUGCCUCCAAUCCAUGAUUCUGAUUUAGAGGGCCAUUAAAAAGUUUUAUAGCACUGGGUGACAUCAUAGGCCAGUUGGAUGUGCUGGGGAAUAUGAAUCUCCUGGGCCUCGCAGAGAAUCUAGUGUCCUCUCCAGGGAAGACGAAUAAUUCCCUUGUAACCGUUCCCUUGGGUGUGAGGUCUCCGCAGCUGUUCUGACUCAACAGGAGACCAAAAUCUCACCUAAUUACUCUAAUUAACACUUUUUUUGCCUUAAUGCAUUUAAUUAAAUUGCUUUGGUUUAAUCUAUCACAGCACUUUAAUUUUGCCAGAGCUCUCAGCCCAAGCUUUUAAACAUUAAUAAGACAGUAUAUCAAUAUUGAAGACAUUCAUGUUCUUAUAGUGGAGUUUACUGCUAGCGCAAACAGCAGCCAGAGUGGUCAAAUAUAUAAGAGGGGAGGGAGACCAAUUGUGUGCAUGUACACUCAUUUUGUAUGCUGUAAUUAAUUUUCAGUUUUAAUACUUGUCCAAUUUUUCCUUCAGAAAUAAAGCUUGGUUAAAAUCCAAAUUUUGAUUAAA